AUGAGUUUCAUACUAUAUCUGCUAAUUCUGCUUCUACUGGUCUUGAGUCAUCAUGUUGAUUCUGGCUCAAUCGUCAAGUUUCUUCCUGGUUUUGAUGGUCCUCUUCCUUUCGAACUUGAAACAGGAUACAUCGGUGUUGGUGAUGAAGAUCAACUACAAAUGUUUUACUAUUUCAUAAAGUCCGAGAAUAAUCCACAAGAAGACCCUCUUCUUCUCUGGUUAACAGGAGGACCUACAUGCUCUUCGCUGUUCGCCCUUCUUUUUGAGAAUGGGCCUUUGGCUUUGAAGUUCGAGGUUUACAAUGGAAGUAUUCCUUCUUUGAUCUCUACUACAUAUUCAUGGACAAAGAUGGCGAACAUAAUAUUCUUGGAUCAGCCUGUUGGAGCUGGUUUCUCCUACUCAAGAACUCCACUUGUUGAUAUAAUUAGUGACACAGGUGAAGUUAAGAUACUUUAUGAGUUUCUUCAAAAGUGGCUAAGCAAGCAUCCACAGUUUUUCUCUAACCCGUUUUACGUUACCGGAGAUUCUUAUUCCGGUAAGAUUGUUCCGCCCCUCGUACAAGAAAUCUCAAAAGGAAAUUACAUAUGCUGCAAACCUCUAAUAAAUUUACAGGGUUAUAUCCUCGGAAACCCAAUAACAGAUAUUGAAUUUGAACGCAACUAUAAUAUUCCACAUGCUCAUGGAAUGGCAUUAAUCUCGGAUGAACUCUAUGAGUCAAUGAAAAGAAUCUGCAAAGGAAAUUAUUUUGGAAAUACAGAAUGCUUAAGACUCACUGAAGUUUACCAAAAGUGUACAAACAAACUAAAUCCAUACCAUAUAUUACUACCAGUUUGCGACCAGACAUCUCCUAAUUGCUUUCUAUAUAACUAUUUUCUUCUAAGCAAGUGGGCCAACGACGAGAGAGUUCGCGAAGCUCUUCACGUCCAUAAUGGCAGUAUAGGUGAAUGGAGGCGAUGUAAUUAUGAUGUUAUUCCGUAUAAUACCGACAUUCAAAGCACCGUACCAUACCAUAUGAAUAAUAGCAUUAAUGGCUUACGAUCUCUUAUCUUCAGUGGUGACCAUGAUACGGUGGUUCCUUUCAUUUCAACUCAAGCCUGGAUAAGAUCUCUCAAUUACUCCAUCAUUGAUGACUGGAGGCCUUGGAUGAUAAAUAAUCAAAUCGCAGGAUACACGAGAACAUAUGCCAAUAAGAUGACAUUUGCUACUGUCAAAGCAAGUCUUCUGGGAGGUGGACACACUGCAGAGUAUAAACCAAACGAGACAUUUGUCAUGUUCCAAAGGUGGAUCAGUGGCCAUCCUUUGUAG